AUGCCGUUGACCAGGUGCAAGUGUGAAGGGUUCGACGAUUAUAGCCAGGCAGAAGACAACUCAAAAAACCACAAAUGGCUAGCAGAGUUUGCACUGGGGACCUUAAAUGAUGCCAUACAGACACAACAUUUAGGAGGUACAUGUAAUAGUGAGCUUAUUUAAGAAGCAGCUACCACGACGAGGUCAGGGUAACGUCACUGAAAAGUAAAUUUCUAUUCUUCAAAGUCGUCAUUAUUCUGUCUGUGACAAUUGCCAUUUUCCUACAGAUUAAUUGUUAAGGGAGUGUAUUCAAGUUUAAAAAGAGAAUGGAAAAUUCUUUGUUAUGUAAUCUCGUCCGUUAUUAAGCCGUCGAACUAACAAAUUUCAUUUCGAAGUUGGGCGGAGGAAGCCAAAGAAACAUACCAAAGGUGUGAUAGACUGGCACAUCUUGUUUUGCCCGAUAAAAGAAAUUGACAUUACAGCCUCUUAUCGGUUUAGAUAGCGGCCCGAGGUUAUUCACUUAACUCAUAGAAAUCGCCAAAUUGUUUUGAAGCUAAAAAAAAACGAUCUUUACGCCGGGGCCAGCAAAUUGUAAAACACAUUCUCUACUUAUAGUGGUCAUAAAAAAACACCAUAAGCUGGUCUAAAACGGUAGUAACGUGCGAACGUGCCUACCUCCGAAUAUUAGCCCGAGGGAGUUUAAAAAAGACGUUUUGGAAUUUUGAGUCAAGCACGUCAACCGAAAUUGAGGCGUGUUCCCCUUUAAUACAUCUUGAAGCUGCCAAAUUCGUAAUGUUUGGCAUCUUUGUUGUUAUGGAGAUGACUUACCCAAAAAUUUUGGCGUAAGUCAAUAAUUUUGACAGAUUUUGAUUUUUGAAUCUUAGAUUUCUUAGUGUUAUUUUGUUUUCCUCUUUCGAUCUUUUUUAUUUUUUUUUUAGCUAUUUAUGAGAUAAUUACAGGACCGUUUUGAUAACAGUUCUUUUUAUUAGAACUGAUAGGUUAUCCUGUAUAAAUAUUCGCGUUAAUAUUAUUAUUACCCGGCAGAAUUUUUGCAAAAAGUACACUUCCGGUUGACGUGUGUCGCUCAAAAACGUCUUUCCUAAAACUCAGUAUUGACUUUUCAACGAGUUGUUUCGAACGUUUUUUUUACAGGUGCUGGUGAAGUUGUAACCUCAUCCCAAAGGUAUGGCUAUGGAAACUGUCAGCGCUUGGUGGGGAAAUCAUUUGCUAAUAUUUUGCAACGUUUCCAAGGAGACUACAUCUUGACGACAAUGGAUCUCCACGUGGUCCCUCCAGCUGGUUUUACGGAAGACGAAGUCUUUAAAGUUUCUUUGAAAAACUAUGCAAAGCCGGAAGACAAAGUUUGGUUGACAAGUUAUACUCGGCAGUCCAGAUAUAGCAAGUUUAAGACAUGCGCAGACAAGUCAGUUGACGUUAAACUUUGCGCAUGUGCUAUUGAUCAAACUAAUCUUGCUGAAUCAGUCAGCGAUGGGGUUCCAAGUAAAAUGUUUGGUUCGGAGACCGUUGUAAAAGACCUCCACUUAGGAUGCCUUUUAUUUCUGAGAAGAGAUCACGGAUUAACCUCUUUAGCGUUGGAAGUAGCAAACGUAUGCUACAAUCGCACUUACAAAUUUAAACUGGACGGUGGAGGAACUGAGAGACUCUUUUCUAGAACCCUUCCCAUAAAUGUUGAAUUGCUACCUAGUUCAUUUUAUUUUCUAACAUCCAUUACGAAAUAUGCGUCGAAAUUCACCCAUCAAUUACAUUUUACAGCAAGUGUAGAAGUUAAAAAUGACAAUUCUGAAGAUUUUAUAAACUUGGGAGAACAUGACGUGUCUGAGUAACUAAGAAGAUCAAUAAAUGACUAUUUUUCCACAAGUUUCCUUCGCCCAUGGAAGAGAAUCCGGAUUCCGCAAUUGGGGAAACUUUUGCUUACGGAAUCCGGAAUC